CACUAUCUCAACCUCCUGCUCACCUUUCCCAUCUGCCUACCCACGACACCCUCUUUAUCUCUCCUCCCAUACCCUCCUUUAGCCAAAACCUGUCCAUAUCGAUUCGCCUUGUCUGGUUCUGUCCCCUCCUCGAUUGCCCCUCCUCCUGCCGGUCCACAUUCCAGCGUCGACCGAGGGCUGACGAGGGCUGACACCGAGCUGCUUACCUCAAGUCGCGGCAGCAAAUCACCACUGUUCUCUUCUUCUUGGUAUUUAGUGCUACCAAUAAACUAUUUUGGCGUUGUGACUCUGCUCUGCAACCACUCGGCACUUAUCUCGACUAUCUUGACUUUGAAAGGCAUAGAGCGCGCCUGCAGAGCUUAGGUUGCUACCACGCCCGUCUCCCGCAUAAUCCCCGACCUCCAUCUUUGCAACAUUGCCGUGCUAUAGUCGCAUAAUUACACCUUGAGGGACAUCCCUCGGCAUAAAAUUACCCUUGAACGAAACAAGACAUUAUUCCACACCUUUGCCAUGACUGCCGUCCUUUCUCAAGGCCCAGGAGCCAAAGACCUGUCACGGCAAAUUCUUGAACAUCAAGCUCCUCAGUACACUUUCGCCUUUACGCCCUGCCUUUUCGAGACCUACCGCCAUGGCCUCUCUCCAAACCGGCCGACCUGUAAAGCGUACUUGCAAGGACAUUGUCCUUUGGGAUCAGCUUGCCCGGAUAAACAUACAUCGGCGAACAGCAACUCCAACUUCAACAACCUAGUCUGCAAGCAUUGGUUGAGGGGCCUAUGCAAGAAAGGAGAAAGUUGCGAGUUUUUGCAUGAGUACAACCUGCGGAAGAUGCCUGAGUGCAACUUCUUUGUACGGAAUGGGUAUUGCUCAAAUGGAGGUAAGAAUCAUUCUCGUCUUUAAAUCCGGAGAGAUAUAUGCUGACGCUCUAUUGCAGAUGAAUGCCUUUACCUUCACAUUGAUCCAUCUUCCAAACUCCCUCCCUGUCCGCACUACGAUAAGGGCUUCUGUCCCUUGGGACCGAUUUGCUCCAAGAAGCAUGUGCGUAAGAUUCUAUGUGAAUUUUACCUGGCUGGGUUUUGUCCCGAUGGUAAGAAUUGCAAGAAAGCGCAUCCUCGAUGGCCGACAGAUUUAGCGAAACCAACCGUUAGAGUGGAAAGGGACCCAGAAGAAAUUGCUGAGGAACAAAGAAUAUUACGCGAAAAUGCAGAGCGGGAAGAAGAGAGGGAGCGUGAGAAGUUUGGAGGUGGUGAGGGGGGUGGUGGUCGCGGUAGAGGCCGUUGGCAUGGGGGUGGUGGCUUUGGUGGCGGAAGGGGUAGAGGUGAUCAGAGACGACAACGAGGUCGUGGGCAUUAUUGAUCGCAGCCCGGAGAAAAUACUACAAAACGGCCCCAAAGCGCAUAAUCGCCGAUUAGACGGGAGCAAGAUUGGUAGCGAAAUGAACUUGCUGCAUUAUGCGAAAUUAUCGACAUCUACUAACCUCGUUUUGUCGAGUCCAAUAAUACUAUCACUCGUACGGUGGUAUCAACCGCAGCCACAAUACUUUGGAGUCCUCGAUCCCUCGAUGUUACCGCUCUUUGGACCAAAAGCGAGUACUACGGUACUCGGCUACUGGGAUUGAUCACGACAUAACUACGAGCCCCCAAAUGGAAAACGCUCCUGUCCAACACCAGGUUGUUUUUUUCUACGCCGUCUCACUGCAUAAGUGGACGGGCCCGAAGGAUGGGAUUUUGGGUCGGCCAUUAUCCGAAUGGGGUCGAUACUACAUGAGCCUGGGUGUUAUGAGGUACCAUGCUUUUUCUCGAAAUCGCGGCGGCCGGCGUACCAUUUUCGUUCUCGUCGAAAGCGGAUAUUCGACGUUUCGACGUCUUUGAUUUGGGGAGGGAGGGAGAUGGCGAUACUUUAUGUGUAUGAGGGGAUCUCGGUUAGAAUUUUCAAAUUUCGACAUAGCGAAUGGAGGUUCCUCAAGUGAGGCUCAUGCUUGGCAUCAAGACUUGGAACGUAGGGAUAGAUGUGGGGUUAAUAUGAAU